AUGGUUGAUUUCAGGCAAGAUUCCUGUUCGGCUGAUGGAUACACCACGUCAGUGUACACUCUGUCAAUCUCCUCUGCCACCUAUGAUAAUCGUCGUCCAUGGUAUCUGGAGGAGUGUCCCUCGUCAAUUGCCACUACGUACAGUUCAGCGAAUAUCAAUCAGCCGGCUAUUGUAACUGUCGAUGUUCCAUCAGGGUGCACUAAAAUGCACACAGGAACUAGUGCAUCAGCUCCAUUAGCUGCCGGUAUCAUAGCACUGGCAUUAGAAGCCAACCCUGAUCUUACGUGGCGAGACAUGCAACAUAUUGUUCUUCGGACAGCUAACCCUACACCUCUUCUGGGUAAUCCCGGCUGGUCCCAAAACGGUGUGGGAAGAAUGAUCAGCAACAAGUUUGGCUAUGGUUUGAUGGACGGAGGUGCCCUUGUGAAGUUGGCCAAGACUUGGAGAACAGUUCCUGAGCAGCAUAUUUGCACGUAUGAAUACAAGCUUGCAGCUCCAAACCCUCGUCCGAUACAAGGUCGUUUCCAAAUGAAUUUCACGUUGGAAGUGAAUGGUUGUGAGUCUGGAACACCAGUGCUCUACCUGGAACAUGUUCAAGUCCAUGCUACUGUUCGGUACUCAAAACGCGGUGACCUGAAACUCACCCUUUUCUCGCCAUCCAGAACGAGAUCAGUACUCCUUCCUCCUAGACCCCAGGAUUUCAACAGCAAUGGUUUCCACAAAUGGCCAUUCCUAUCAGUACAGCAGUGGGGUGAAGAUCCUCGUGGAACGUGGGUCCUGAUGGUCGAGAGUGUCACGAACAACCCUUCGGCAUCUGGCACUUUCCAUGACUGGACGUUACUUCUCUAUGGUACCGCGGAUCCUGCGCAACCGGGUGAUACGGUCCAUCCACCAACCCCAGUACCCUCUCAAACGAUAACGUUUCCCGUUAUGAUGAUGGUCGUUCAAGCGGUCGUUCUGGUAGUGAUCGCGGCAUCGGCAGCGAUCGCUUGCCGCCGCGCUACUCCACCUCUUCCUUCAUCCACCACACCGCUUCCUGCAGCUCAUUCAAUGAUGAUCGACGAAUCCUCCUCCUCUUCCACUGCCACCUCUAACGGUGUAUCUCAAACCACUCAGCUGCAGCUGCAUCACGAACACCCAUACAGCGCAAACAAUGCAUUCACUUACUGA